AUGGAUCGUGUUUAUAAUGUUUCCACAGUCAGAGUUUUUACUCUCUCUGCAUUCAAUGACACAAUGAGUCACAGAGUCACCAUCUUUUCUCUCUCUUUACUGUGCUACUCUUUGAUUCUGUUCAUUAACGUCUCGCUCGUCGUGAUCAUCAUCUUGGAUGAAAACCUGCAUGAGCCCAUGUACAUUUUAUUAUGUGUUAGUUGCAUUAAUGGACUCUAUGGGACCUCGAGUUUCUACCCUAAGUUCCUGUUCGACCUUCUGUCGUCUUCUCAGGUCGUCUCGUACGGCGGAUGUCUCUGUCAGGCGUUUGCAAUGUACUCAUUUGUUUGCAGCGACACGUCUAUUCUUACAGUUAUGGCGUACGACCGGUAUCUGGCCAUCUGUCGGCCCCUGCAGUACCGCUCCGUCAUGACGAAGAAGAGGCUCUCCCAGCUGGUGUGCAUCUCUUGGUUGACGCCAUUUUGUAUUUUCUCCAUUAACAUCCUGCUGACGACCAGACUGACGUUCUGCGGUACAGACAUCCAGAGACUCUUCUGCGUCAACUGGCUCAUCGUUAAACUCGCUUGUCCCGGCACGGACACCUUCGUCAAUAAUGUGUUUGCAAUGACUACACUAUCUAUUUACACUGGUCAUUUGCUCUUUGUUGUUUGGACUUACAUGUAUGUAGUUAAAACGUGCGUGAAGUCCAAGAAGGACAGGGCCAAGUUCAUGCAAACAUGUGUGCCCCAUUUAAUCUCCUUACUCACUUUCUUUGUCAUCGUGGUGUCUGAUCUGAUGCACAUGCGAUUUACCUCCAAAGAUUCACCUCAGAGCUUCCGAAACUUUGUGGCCGUCGCUGUCCUCUUUUUCCCUCCAAUCAUGAAUCCUCUGCUUUAUGGCUUCAAGCUCAACAAAAUCCGCAGCAGAAUUCUGACUUUGGUUCAUGUGAGGCAAAGAUGA